AUGAACAAAGUUUUGAAAUCUCAUAAACACAAUAUCUCCGAUAUAAAUGAACUUCAAGCUACAUUAGACAGUAAAGCCGACAAGAACCAUACAAACGAAUCCUUCACUACUAUUAGAGCAGACGAUGUAAUAUUGAACUAUACCCUUGGUUCAAGUGCACCUUUAGAAAAUCCAAGUACAAGCGUAAAAGAUACACUAAACUCCUUAAAUAGUAAAUGUAUGAACAUUGAAGGUCAUGUCAGAAACUUUGAAGCACAUGAACUACCAGCAAUGUUAGAUAAGAAAGCAGAUAAGAACCAUACACAUAAAUCCUUCACAACUGUUGGUAUAGAAAGUAUUGAAGGAACGGUUGAAGAAACUGGUGGGGAUGCAUUAUAUUGUAAACCUCCUAACUUUCCACAAGGUUUAACAUCGGAUGACGACAUAACGACGAUGAGAAACAUUAGAUGUAAAGAUGUUUAUGUCAUGGAGGAUGAAAAUAAUGUUAAAUUCACUGCUCAAGAUUUAUAUGAUAAGAAAGCAGACAAAACAGAGCUUCAAACAUUAAAGACAGAAAUACUUCAAACAUUAUAUCCUAUAGGCUCUAUUUAUACGUCAAUGAACUCAACAAAUCCAGCAACAGUUUUAGGUUUUGGUACAUGGCAGCAGAUUGUAGACAAAUUCUUAUACUGUGCUAACUCUUCAAAGCAAACAGGAGGUUCGAAGAAAAUUACUGAAGCAAACCUUCCACCGCACACUCAUACAGGAACUACAAACACAACAGGUAGUCAUUCACAUUCAAUAACAAAAAGAGGUUAUACAAAUCUUGCAGCAGGUUCGGAUAGACAGGGAAUGCAUAGAUAUGAUAUUUCAAGUGACCCAGUAGAUUCAAGCGCAG